AUGUUCCGCACCGCAGUGAUGAUGGCGGCCAGCCUGGCGCUGACAGGGGCCGUGGUGGCUCAUGCCUACUACCUCAAGCACCAGUUCUACCCCACGGUGGUGUACUUGACCAAGUCCAGCCCCAGCAUGGCAGUCCUGUACAUCCAGGCCUUUGUCCUUGUCUUUCUCUUGGGCAAGGUGAUGGGCAAGGUUUUCUUUGGGCAGCUGAGGGCAGCAGAGAUGGAGCACCUUCUGGAACGUUCCUGGUAUGCUGUCACUGAGACUUGUCUGGCCUUCACCGUCUUUCGGGACGACUUCAGCCCCCGCUUUGUUGCGCUCUUUACUCUCCUUCUUUUCCUCAAGUGUUUUCACUGGCUGGCUGAGGACCGUGUGGACUUUAUGGAACGCAGCCCCAAUAUCUCCUGGCUUUUUCACUGCCGCAUUGUCUCCCUUAUGUUCCUCCUGGGUAUUCUGGAUUUCCUCUUCGUCAGCCAUGCCUAUCACAGCAUCCUGACCCGUGGGGCCUCUGUGCAGCUGGUGUUUGGCUUUGAGUAUGCCAUCCUGAUGACCAUGGUGCUCACCAUCUUCAUCAAGUAUGUGCUGCACUCCGUGGACCUCCAGAGCGAGAACCCGUGGGACAAUAAGGCCGUGUACAUGCUCUAUACGGAGCUGUUUACAGGCUUCAUCAAGGUUCUGUUAUACAUGGCUUUCAUGACCAUCAUGAUCAAGGUGCACACCUUCCCUCUCUUUGCCAUCCGUCCUAUGUACCUGGCCAUGAGGCAGUUCAAGAAAGCUGUGACAGACGCCAUCAUGUCUCGCCGAGCCAUCCGCAACAUGAACACACUUUAUCCAGAUGCCACCCCAGAGGAACUCCAGGCCAUGGAUAAUGUCUGCAUUAUCUGCCGAGAAGAGAUGGUGACUGGUGCCAAGAGACUGCCCUGCAACCACAUUUUC